AGCCACUACCAGCCCUAUACGAGUAUAAGGUCCACUAGGGUUUCGUUCCCGUUCAAGCCCAUUAUAUAUCCAACCUCUCCAAAAAUAAUAACAAUAUUAAUAAAAGGAAAAAAAUAUAAACCCUAAACCCUAGAUUGUACUUGCAGAGACCAUCGGCUCAUCAAUUGAUCUCUGAUUUCAAUUUCGAGUAUGGUGUGUUCAAUCGACUCUAGUGACAUCUCAACAUCAGGUCAAGUUCAAAUGGUUGAUGUAACAGUGGUACUUCAAGGUGCAGAAGAACCCUAUGGAUCCGUAGUGGUGGCUACCCCAACUGAGAACAAUGAGCCACCCAAUUUGGAAACACAGCCGAACAAGCGCAGUAGAAAGAAGUCCAUUGUCUGGGAUUACUUUACGAUUGAAACUGUUGGUGAUGACUGCACCAGGGCCUACUGUAAGCAGUGCAGAAAGUCAUUUGCCUACAUUACAGGCUCAAAAUUAGCAGGUACUAGCCACCUUAAACGACAUAUUUCUUUGGGGAUCUGCCCUGUUAGCCGCCUUAAUCAGGAAAAAAAUCAACCCUCUCUUUAUAACCCUGGUGGAACAAACACUGAUGGUUCUGCAAGAGUUACUGAAUUGCCAAGAAAACGCUAUAGAGGAGGAUCAGCAAGAAUCCCCUUCGACCAGGACCGUUCUAGACAUGAUAUUGCCAAAAUGAUCAUCCUGCAUGAAUAUCCACUCCACAUUGUUGAACAUCCUGGUUUUGUUGAUUUUGUACGGACUCUUCAACCUGACUUCAGUAUGGUUAGUUUCAAUACUGUUCAAGAUGAUUGUGUGGGUCUGUACCUUAGGGAGAAGCAAAGCGUUUUGGGCUUGCUUAGUGGAAUUCCUGGACGUGUGAGUCUUACCCUGGAUUUGUGGACUUCAUUUCAAAAUCUAGGCUAUGUAAUUCUAACUGGACACUUCAUUGAUGGUGAUUGGAAAUUGCAUCGACGAAUUCUUAAUGUUAUCGUGGUACCAUAUCCUGAAUCAGAAUUUUCCUUCAAUGAUGCUGUUGCUGCUUGCCUAACCAAUUGGAGCUUGGAUAACAAGUUAUUUACUCUCACUCUUGAUCAAUCCUUUGUGAGUGCUACUGUUAGAGAGAAUCUCAGAGGUCUACUCAAUAUAAAAAAUCCGCUUAUUCUCAAUGGCCAGCUAUUAAUUGGAAAUUGUUUUGCCCGUGUUUUAAGUUGUCUUGCGCAAGAUGCACUAGGGUCAAUGAGAGAUACCAUCAGGAAAGUUCGCAGAAGUGUCAAGUAUGUAAAAACUUCAGAAGUUCAUGAAGAGAAAUUUGUUGAGGUGAAACAACAGCUUCAAGUGCCCAGUAAAGAGAGCCUAGUCAUUGAUGACCAAACAAAAUGGAAUACUACUUAUCGUAUGCUGGUGGCUGCUUGUGGACUGAAGGAAGUGUUUUCUUGCUUGGAUACGUCUGAUCCAAAUUACAAGGAAACGCCAUCUAUGGAUGAGUGGAAAAAGGUGGAAACUGUCUGCAAGUAUUUAAAGCUUUUAUAUGAUGCUGCCAACAUUUUAACUGCUACAACGUACCCAACUGCGAACAUAUUCUUCCAUGAGGUCUGGAAAAUUCAGCUUGAAUUGAUGCAUGCAGUCACAAAUGAGGAUAUUUUUGUUCGCAACCUGAUCAGACCUCUGCAAGAGAAGUUUGAUAGAUAUUGGAAGGACAGCUGCCUGGUUCUGGCAAUUGCUGUAAUUAUGGAUCCAAGGUUCAAGAUGAAGCUUGUGGAGUUCAGUUUUUCCAGGAUUUACGGUGAGAAUGCGGAGGCCUGGAACAAGACUGUUGACGAGGGUGUUCGUGAACUGUUUCUCGAAUACAUUGUGCAGUCACUUCCUCCACCAAUUUUUAUGGAAGGAGAAGAAAUCUUUGCCAACACAGAGAUGAUGCCUCAAGAAGGAACCCACCUUUCUGACAGUAAUGAUAUUUUGGAUUUUGAUGUGGAUAUCUCUGAUAUUACUUGUAACCAACAGAUGAAAUCAGAACUAGAUGAGUAUUUGGAUGAACCCCUUUUGCCUCGUGUACAAGAUUUUGAUGUUUUGGGAUGGUGGAAACUAAACAGACUGAAGUACCCAACUCUCUCCAAAUUGGCAUCUGAUAUAUUGUGUUUACCAGUUUCCACCGUUGAUCGAGAUAGUGUGUUUGACACUGCAUGCAAGAAGGUGGAUAGUUAUCGGACUUCAUUGAAACCUGCAACAUUAGAGGCCCUUGUUUGUGCUAAGGAUUGGUUCCAGUAUGAAUGAAUCUUCAGAACAUUAGAAUGUGGACUUUUAGAUUUACUAAUUAAUCUUGUAAAUUUGGCGUCUUGUCUGAUGAUACUUUACAGUCUAGAGGUCGACACAAGUCCUUGAUUUCUGAUUCUUUCUUCUUGUAUAUUACGAUAUUCUUUUUGGGUAUAAUAGUAAAUCUAAAUAAUUUUCUAAGUUGGUGCUUUAUCAUUCAGGUAAGAAUCUUUUUAUUCUCA